CAAGGAACCCGGUUUGGAGCCAUGUGGGACAUGCUGACGGACUGAUGCUCUACCAUGUGUCUGUUGGUCAACCUGGCCCUGCUGUACCCUUGAGCUACCCUUCUCUUCCAGAUCAGCAUGAGCUUGGAUGUGGCCAGUCACUGGCUGCACCUCCACAGUUUUGUGGUCCGGGGUAGUGAGAGUCACAAGAUGAUCGACCUCUCUGGGAAUCCAGUGCUUUGGAUUUACUACACCUCCAGGCCUGCUCUGUUCACCCUGUGUGCGAGAAAUGAGCUCUUCUGCUGCCUCCUCUACCUGUUCAAUUUCUCCGAGGGACCGUUAGUUGGCUCUGUGGGGCUUUUCCGAAUGGGUCUCUGGGUCACUGCCCCCAUCGCUUUGCUCAAGUCCCUCAUCAGUGUCAUCCACCUGAUCACAGCUGCCCACAACAUGGCUGCCCUGGAUGUGGCAGACUGUGCCAAGAAGAAGUGACCCUGACAACUUCUGGAACCUCCCACCUGAUUGGUCAUCUUACUGUGCCACAUGGCUUCCCUUUCCCUCCUAGGAGGCCCAUUCUCAUAUCUUCCUAAUGUGUUCUCCAACGUGCUGGGAUGGGGGUCAGCCUCUCUUUGGUAUUGUCACAAUCUCUGUAACCCUGAAGAUUAGGCCCACCCUUGUGAUCCCCAAAGACCUGGUCUACAAAUCAAAAAGGAUGCUCAGGAGGCCCUGUGGUACCAGGCAGCCUAUUUGAGGAUUAUGCAUAGCCACACAUGUGGUUGGCUCAGCCCUGGCUUCUGGCCUGGCCUGAGGUUUUGGGGACACUUGAGAGAGAUGAUACAGGGGCCAUGUUUCCCAAAAGGCAGGUGACUCAGAUCUCUGCCCCCUGCCACAGGAAGCCUGGGGCACAGUG